CUCUCUUGAGUUUCACUUCAUGUUUUCUUCCUGAUUCUGCGUAGCAGGACAACUUUCCAACGUCUUACUACUGCACCACAGGACGACGGACAUCAUUACUGCAAAUGGCCCUCCAGUGGCUGAGCUGCAGUACUGCAUGGCUGCUUCUCUUGGUCUGCAUCGUCCCGGUGGACAUGCAGUCCUGCACCGGAGGAAUCCCCGGGAUCCCUGGGAUCCCCGGCACCCAUGGACCCAACGGACAGGACGGCGUGAAGGGGGAGAAAGGAGAUCUAGGUGAAGGAGGUCAGCCAAUCAGGGGUCAGAAAGGGGUGGCAGGUAUGCGGGGCCCGCCGGGCCGGCCUGGUAUGAAGGGGGACAUGGGCCUGCCGGGCCCUGCCGGAUACCCGGGCCAGAAAGGGGAGAAGGGAAGACCCUUCAACCUGUCCAAAAAGCAGAAAUCCUUCUUCUCCAACAAGAGAGCCAUUUCAAAUGUAGUAGAGACGAACAUGCCGAUUAACUUCAACAGAGUGAUUUUGCCUGCGUUGGAGCCACAAUUUCAAGGAGAGACGCUGGUAAACGGGACGUUCCAGUGUGCAAUCAAAGGAGUGUAUUUCUUCAGUUUCCACGUUUCAGCAAAGUCCCGAGUGUGUCUGAAGCUGAUGAAGGGCAGCAAGGAGCACUUCAUGCUGUGCGACAGCUCUGACAGCUUCUUGGUCACGUCCGGCUCGGCGGUUCUGGACCUGGAAGUCGGAGAUAAAAUUUAUGUGGAGUCAUCCAAAUACAACAACAUAGUGGUGUCGCAGACCAGCACCAGCCACAGCUUCACCGGCUUCCUCAUCUUCCCCACCUCUUAAACCUCAGACCGUCCGUCUGUCUGUCAGUCCGCCGGACAUUUCAACCAGUCAGAGGAAAUACUCCUGCUUGGUAAUAAAGGCUGCUUCUGCGUCUUUUCUCCAAAAAUUAUAUUUCACGUUUCUCAUGAACACAGCAAAAUCAGAAAAUCUUCCCAACUAUUAUGGCCUAGUUUCCAGUGCAAAUAUCCUUGUACACUUAAAAUAAGACAAAACUAACUUAUUAGCAACUUCUCAGCAAGAGAUAUGAGCUUGUUUCAAAUCAAUAACUCCUUAAUGUGCUUUUAAUGAAGUUCUAGUUCCACUGGCAGAUUAUUUCUCUUAUA